GAUACUCUCAUUAUGUGUACUCCGAGCGUGGACUACGCGUCUUAAUGUGUUCUCCCUCCCCAAGCAGUCGCACAGCGUUCACUGUGUGUGCAGGCAUUCUCACCACAGGUAACGCACACCAGACGCGACCAGUACACUUGUCAACUACCACCGAUACAUCCGCUGUACUCAUUCUCCUUGGGGAGGGCGUAGGACCUGGAGUGAAUCUGCGGAGUUGAAGGGGCACGGGCUCAGCUCGUUGUUGCAGUAAUGGAUUUCCGGGACGCUAGCAAGGUGAAUGUCAACAGACGAUGUCUUUACUUUUUAAUAUUCCUUCUUCUUAUUAUGCCAGUUGUAGUGGGUGUGUUGGUAUGGUAUUUUAUCCCGAAGUGUGACCAAAAUGAUCCUUCAUCGGAGAAGAUUUCAGGGGAUGGGUCCACCACACCAUCCGUUCCAACCACCCCUGGUUUCUCGGAAACAGAACCUUGGAAGAACCUCCGUCUACCCCGAUAUAUUGUACCUCUGCACUACGAUCUUACUCUGUACCCGGAUUUCUAUGACGAUAACGGGUGGUUUUAUGGAAAUGUUACAAUAGAAAUAAGAAUCAACAAGGACACGGACUAUGUGCUUAUUCAUUUUAAUUACCUCAACAUCACGAAAACUGAGCUCCGUGAAAAUAGCACAGGCAACCAGAUCGGCAUUAAGAGGACAUUUGCGUAUGCUGAAAACCAGUUCUGGGUCAUUGAAACAGCUGUGACAUUGAGGGAAGGUGCAAGUGUUAAACUUUCCCUUCAGUUUGACGGCUCGCUCACCAGAGCAAUUGUUGGCUUCUACAAAAGCAGUUAUGUCAACUCUGAGACGGGCCAGACAAGGAAUCUGGCAACAUCAAAGUUUGAGCCUGUCGAUGCGAGGAGAGCUUUCCCGUGUUUUGACGAACCUAAUAUCAAGGCUGCCUAUACCAUUACCCUCAUCCAUGAGCCGGACUACACCCCCUUGUCCAAUAUGCCUCCCAAGGAGUCCCAGCCGACCAAGGUGCCAUGGUCCCCUACCCUCGUAUCAACUCGAUUCCAGAGAUCUGUCAUGAUGAGCACCUACCUUGUCUGCUUCAUUGUCUGCGACUUCGACUACGUGGAAGACACAACAAGUUCAGGAACAAAGAUUCGUGUAUAUGCCACCCCCGACAAGAUCAACCAGACUCGCUACUCUCUGCAGAUCGGUAAACACUCGAUGGAGGAGUACGAGAGGCUAUUUAGAUUGCCUUACCCCUUGCCUAAGCAAGACAUGAUAGCGAUCCCUGACUUUGUGUCUGGAGCUAUGGAACACUGGGGUUUGAUCACGUACAGAGAGACCAACCUACUGUAUGACCCCAGCAAGGCCUCAUCGGCCAACAAACAGAGAGUUGCUGUGGUCGUGGCCCACGAAAUUGCCCAUCAGUGGUUCGGUAACAUCGUCACAAUGGACUGGUGGGAUGACCUCUGGCUCAACGAGGGCUUCGCGAGCUUCAUGGAGUAUCUGGGAGUGGACACGUACGAGCGGGACUGGGAUAUGAUGGCCCAGUUCGGCAUUGAGGAUCUACAGCCUGUGAUGGUGACGGAUGCUGGGCUGGAGUCACAUCCAAUUGUCGUCCCCGUGUAUAAGCCCACCGAAAUCAACGCCGUCUUUGACAGCAUCUCAUACAGCAAGGGCGCUGCCGUCAUCGCGAUGCUGCAGUCUAUUAUGGGAAAGGACAAAUUCUUUGAAGGAAUCGCACAAUAUCUGAAGAAAUAUGAGUGGGGCAACGCAAAGACUGACGAUUUGUGGCAAGCACUAGGGGAGGUUCCAGGGGCCCCGGAUGUCAAGCACAUUAUGGAUACGUGGACUCGUCAGAUGGGACUCCCUUACGUCAACGUGACAUUCCAGCCGUCGUCAAGCGGGGGCACGACUGUGAGAGCCGUGCAGAAACGUUACCUCUCAGACCCCAAAGCUCUGUAUGACGUCGACGAGUCGGAGUUCAAGUAUAAAUGGUACAUCUCCCUGAGUUACAUCACUUCCAAUGGAUCAACAGGGACCAAGAUAAUGGACAUGACGGAAGUUGAAACGAUUGAUCUUAACGUCGAUAUGACAGAUGAAUCUCAAUGGAUCAAAUUUAACGUCAACCAGACUGGCUUCUACAGAGUUACCUACCCUGAUGACAUUUGGAGAAGGUUUGCCACCGUCCUGGCUACAAGCAAUCCCUCUAACUUCCCAAUCUCCGUCGCCGACAGAUCUGCCUUUAUUAACGACGCGCUGAAUCUUGCACGUGCAGGCCUCCUAAACUACGAUGUAGCUCUACAGAUGACGUCAUACCUCGACAAGGAAACCAAUCACAUCCCUUGGGAGAGCGCCUACACCGGCAUGGCCUACAUCACAAAGAUGUUCAGAAGUGGGGGUAGCUUUGGCUUGUGGAGGCAAUAUGUGUUGGCCAAAGUAAAACCAGCCCUGGACCGACUAGGAUGGGAAGACACCGGCAGCCAUCUUGAUAAGUUAAUGAGAAGAAACCUCAUUGAGCUUGCAUGUGGACACGGCGAUGUAGAAUGUCUUGGUAAUGCCACUGCCAAAUUCAGGAACUGGCUAGAUAAUGGCGUGGAGAUAUCUCCCAACCUACGGCCACGUGUAUACAAAUACGGAAUGCGCAGCUCCGGAAGUGUCGCAGAUUGGGACAAAAUGUGGCAGAAGUACCAGACUGAGUCGGUGCCUCAGGAGCGAGUGAACUUCCUGUACGCUUUGGCUCAGACCAGAACAGUGUGGCUGCUCCAUAGGUAUCUGGACUAUGCAAAGAACGAGAGUAUUAUCCGCCAGCAGGAUUUCUUCUCCGUCAUGAGCUACGUCAACCUUAACCCUGUCGGUAACAACAUCAUAUGGAACUGGGCCAGAGAAAACUACGAUGAGCUGCUUGGCAGAUUCACCCUGUACUCCCGGUCCUUCGGCAGAAUGGUCCCAAACAUCAUCAAGAACUUUAACACUGAGUUUAAGCUGACUGAAGUUGAGGCGUUUUUCAAGCAGUACCCUGAAGCUGGUGCCGGCGACAGACCCCGCAAACAGGCUCUGGAGACCAUCAAGAGUAACAUCAACUGGAUGAAGACAUAUCAAGACACCAUCAUCAGCUGGUUACAAAAGAACAUGUAAAAAUGAUUAAUUUUAACCAGGGAUUCGGGUAUUGAUUUGUCUGAAAUUAUUCGUCAUGCACCAAGAAGGUUAAUGAGACUUGUCAACCUGUUUAUUGAAGAUUUAGGUGAGGAUGAUUGAUUAAACAUACUGCAUUGUUGAAAAUAAAAAAUAGAAAGAUUUUACCGCUUUGCGAGUAUCUUCAUGAGUCAAGCAGAAAUAACAGGCAUAUAGUCUUCACUGCUCUAUGAUAGUGCCUCUGUUUCACCAUCCAUUGAGAACUAUGUUGACAUGAUAGCCUAUAAUCUCUUAAUGUGUAAUGACAUUUGUGCCAUUACUUUCUGUAACACAAAUAGAUAUGUUCAGCAAAUUAAAACAGGUUUGCAAAAGAUUUGAGAAAAGACAAAAUGUAUUGAGAAAUCAGCAAGCACUUCAAAUUCCCCGAUUGUAACUGGUAAGUCGCAAUGUCUGGGACCUUGGUGAUUUUAUCAGUGAGGUUCCAUACGUAAAUGAUGGCGUUGAAUGAUCGGUUGUCUAUAAAAUACUUUAUUUGCUUUUCAAUGCCUGAGAACUGUUUCUGUGUUUGUUAUUUUCGAGUUCGAGUUUAUACUUAAAUGGAACGCCAUGAUUGAAUUUGGCAUGUUUCGAUGUGUGUUUUGGUUUGUGUUAUAUUUUACGUUUUAGACAUUAGAAAUUAUCAUUUUGCUUCAUAAUUUAAACAAUUCCAGUUUUGCCAUUGACAAAUAUUCCGCUACUGUACAGUUUUGAUGUAAUUUUACCAUUAAUGUCCCAAGUAUGUUUAUAUUAGAUAAGGUCUUAUACGUAUCAUACCCAUUAAAACACGAUAAAGCAAAUCUAAUAUAUUUUGAUGUACCUCUAACUAAAUGUCUAUGUAUGUGAGUCAGCUUAAUUAAAUAUGCAUUUCUUAGACUGUACUUUGUCUUGUAAAAUAUAUCAAUUUUCUUUGCAUGUUGUGACGAGCCCUCGUGUUUGUGGAGUCUUGGUUGGCUCACUUUGUAGUCAGUUGCAUACCUAAAGGAACAUUUAUAGAAUUUAUAUCAUUUUAAGUUGUUUUUUAAGUCCAUUAUCUUCAUGAAAAAAUAUUACAUGCGUUGUUAUGCCAGAUACCUCUGUAUAUUCUAGGAAUAUUGCACGUAAAUAUUCAGUGUUGUUUUAUAUUGUACAUCAUCAUUCUUCAUGCAUUGUAAAUAUUCAGACUGAGUUUUUUUGGAAGUGUAUCAUUUUAUACAUUUCAGUAUCCCCUGUAACAGUUUACGAAUAAAUGGCCUAAAUAACUAUG